AUGCUUAUUGUUAUUUCAAAAUUCUUCUAUAGUGAAAUCUAAGUGCUCAUUUGGCUACUUCAUAUGAUUUUACUUUCAGUUUAGUACUAUAAAUGUAUGCCUUAUAACUUAACUAAAAAAAUAUUGUGUUGCAAUUGCAAUACAUGUUUUAGCAUAUAUUUUGAAAUUAAACGAUCCUAAAUAAAGAAAUAUUGUCUAUAUAAUAAGGCUAUAUAAACUAAGUAUGGAUCUACUUUUGAUAAAAUUAUCAUUCUUGAAUUGUCAAAAUAUCAUAAUACUAUUCUUCUAAUAAAAAAAAUAUCUUUAUAUUUAUUAU